CCCAUCCCAGCGCCAGUUUGCAGAGGCUGCAUGGCAGGAGCUGAUCCGCGUCCUGACUCACAGGACACACGCUUGAGCCCUGCAGCAUGUCCCUGCAGGCUUGGGAGUGGGAAGAUGUGGAGAGAUCCAGUAUGGAGCCCAUCUCCCCCCUGACUAGUGCUUAUCAGUCGGCCAGCGACAAUGAGAUGGAGGAAUACCUGAAGGACAGGGCCGGGGCCCAGGACUGGGACUCUGAUGACCAUUACACCAGCAGCCUGAAGUCUUCAGGAGAGCUAGCUCGCACCUUUGACACCGAUGAGCCUCAGGUUGUCCCUUGCAAGUUAAUUAUCUCCCUGGCCUUGCCAGCGAUUACAGGUCAUAAGGGAAAACAUACAACUUUUAUCGAUAAAUAUAAGAAACACCCUAAACCAGACAGCCAUUUUGCAAAGGUUCGUCGCUACUACCACAUUGAGUAUUUCUUCCUGCCUGGUGAUGCAGAACCCCAGAGGGUUGAUAUUGUGGUGUUUCCUUACACGGCCAAGGUGUUCCUGGAGACAGAAAUGAAGACUGUGAAGCCAUGGCAAGAAGGUGACAAAGUUUGGGUGUCAUGGAGCCAAACUUUUAAUGUCAACAUGACAAAGGAAUUACUAAAGAAAAUCAAUUUCCACAAAAUCACAAUGAGGCUGUGGGACACCAAGGACAAGAUUGCCAAGAAAGCCAGGUAUUAUCAGUUGAAGAGUUCUACUCAUUAUGAAGAAACAAGUGUUUUAGAGGAAGCGAAAACUUUGGUUUUAAGUCAGAAAAAGUUGUCUAUAAUAGGCACUGAAAGAGCCGACACUGUCCAAGAGGAAUUGCAUCUGGAUAAUCUACCAGGACAUCAUGACAAGGCAGAAAAAUACUCGAAGUCUCCACAAGAGUCUCACUUCACAGAGUUCGAGAGUCCUUCCAAGAUCAGUGACGAGUUUGAGAAGUCGCCCAGAUUGGAGGACGUUUCUUCAUCCUGGUGGAGUACUGGGAAGACGCCACCUAUGUCCUUGACCGGGGUCACCAUGACGGAGAUCAAGGACUUCAUUGAGCAGGUGUCCCUGAGCAGCUUCUCGAACCUCAUAGAAAGACAGAAGUCUCAGACUAAAGGGAAAGAGCUCGAGGGGAAGAAGAGACAGACAAAGAAAAGGAAGAAAUCUCAAGCAGAAGAGGAAACUGACCCCAAGCUGGAGGCCGGCUUCUGGAAGCACAGUGUCUUCUCCAUACAGCUGGGCGUCAUGCCGCUCCUGGCCGGUAGCUAG